AUGGAACCCAUAAUUAUAGAUAACUUGUACAAUUUUGGGGAGGAUGAAGUUAGAUUAGGCAUUGAUGAGGCAGGAAGGGGACCAGUUUUAGGCCCUAUGGUAUAUGCUGGAUUUUAUUGCAAAAAAAAUGAUGAGAAAUUACUAAAAGAAAUGAAAAUUGAUGAUUCAAAAAAAAUAAAUGAAGCAGAUAGAGAAAAGAUGUUUAUAAAAUUAAACAAUUCUAAAUUACCAUUUGGUUGGAGGGUAUAUGUAUUAAUGCCACAAGAUAUUAGUGCCAAAAUGCUAAAGAAACAAAAAUAUAAUUUAAACGAAAUAUCUCAUGAUACAGCUAUAUCAAUAAUUGAGCAUGUUAUAAGUAGAGGUUGUAAUUUAUCAGAAGUAUUUGUAGAUACUGUUGGUAAAGCUAGUACAUAUGAAGAAAAAUUACAAAAAUUAUUUCCCCAUAUUAAAUGUACGGUUAAGGAGAAAGCAGAUUCUUUAUACCCUGUUGUAAGUGCUGCAUCUAUAUGUGCUAAAGUAACACGUGAUUUUCUAUUAAAAAAAUGGAAAUAUGAAGAACCUAUAAUUAACACGGAUAAUAGUAGGUUCAGCAACAGCAACAGCAACAGCAAUAAAAAUAAUAAUAGUAGUAGUUAUGAGUUUGGGUCAGGUUAUCCGGGUGAUCCAGUAACCAAAAAUUUUCUAAAAAAUAAUUUUGAUUCCGUCUUUGGCUUUCCAAGUAUUGUACGUUUUAGUUGGUCUACUGCUGACAGUAUGUUGGAAAAUUUAGGAGACAAAAUUGAGUGGUAUGAUGAUGAAGAAAACAAUGACUCCAAAUCUAUGAAGAGAAAAAUACCCUUCGAUUAUAGUAAAUUUCAAAGACCUUCAAUUGAAAGAUCCUUGUUCUAUUCUAAAAUUGGGUUAGACCUGGUUGAAAAUUUAUAG